AACCUCUCCACAGUUUUCAGUCCAAAGCAGCAAUGAAGCCCACAGUGAUUUUUAUGCUGUUUCUAUGGAGACUUGUGGAGUUUACUUUAACACUAAAUGAGUGUUCAAAGCUGCCUUCAGUUCAACAUGCAUUUGUUUUGGAUGAAUACAAAAAGGCAGAGUACCAAAGGGGAGAUGUGAUUUACUUCUGCUGUGAUCCUGGUUUCACGACUGGUCUGAACACCACCUACAUCUGCACUGAGGACGGCUGGACAGCUGCCGCCAUCGGCCAGUGUGUUGAGAACUCGUUUCCUGUGCUUCUGGGCUGCACUCCCCCUCCACCGCUCACAAAUGGAUAUUUGCUGGAUAAUACAACGUUAAUCUAUGGAAAUGGUCAGAUUGUCAGAUUCGGAUGUGAUGAUCACCACACUAUGACUGGAGCAUUGUUUAAAACCUGCACCAAUGGACAAUGGACAGGUGACAUCCAGUGCAUUCCUAUAACAUGUAAAGUCAGUGCUGACCCACCAUCAGGCACUACUUACAAUCCUCGGGACAGGAUCAUUUUCACCCCUGGAGAAAGUUUGACCGUCACGUGUGGAGAAAAUAAGUGGGUGAAGAGCACCGAGCUUCAGACAGCUCAACUCGUUUGUAAAAACACAGGACGCACAGGAAGCUGGGACUUUAACCCUGUGUGCCAACCGGUCAAAUGUCUCAAAGAUGAUCCACUUGUCUACCAGUGGGAAAGCACUAGAGAUCCUUAUUAUCCGUACUCUUAUCGGACCUCAGCCGACAUUGAUGAAAUAUUAUGGUAUCAGUGUCGUGGAGGUUUUGAGGCUGUGGACAGGGACAGCAGAGCCAGGUGCACCAGACGAGGCUGGGAGCCAAAACCUCUUUGUAAAGUUCCUCGGGGUUGUGGAUCUCCACCAUCCUUGGAUAAUGGAGACUUCUUGGCCCCCAGUGGAACAUUUAGCCAUAAUUCACAGGUUGAAUACCAAUGUCAAGUCAUGCACAUAAUGGAAGGAGGCCCAUACAAAACCUGCCUCAACGGACUUUGGACCGGGGACAUCAAAUGUCUCAAACCCUGCACGGUGACCGACGACCUGAUGCGAUCAAAUAAAAUAAAAUCCAGAUAUGGACGGGGACAAAAGCUGUAUGCCCCCCAUAAUGAUCACAUCACAUUUGACUGCAUCGAAGGAGCUCAUCCUAUCGGCACACAGGAGAUGAGAGUGAUCUGUACCGAUGGAGUGAUGCUCCUCCCCACAUGUGUUUAAGAAAGAUCAUGGUAUAUGUACAAAAUGUAUACAUCCCUGUUAAAUACAGUUUACAAUACAGAUUGAUGCUGUUGAAUAAUUCAGGAAAAUCACUGACAGAUUUAUUUUGUUUCCUUUAAAGAUGCACUAUGUAACAUUUCUAUUGACGGUUCCACCACCAUGGAGAUGUCUUUGCUUUGCCUAGCAUGUUCACAAGUAUAACAUUCUCCAUUUUGCAUGUUUUCCAUUCUGUAUGGAAUGUAUUACAGUAUUUUCUGUUUGAGAGAAGAAGUCAGCCUCAAUGUGCAGGAUUUGUGUGUUAAACAUGUGUGAAUGAAACAAAACACAACUCUGGGUAUGUGUUUGAUGAG